GCUGCAGCUCAGUGAGCAGGUCAUGUGGCUGGAAGAGCGACUGGAGGUCAUGAGAAACAAGAUAAAGUCUGCAAGCUUUUAUGAGGAAGCGAUUUGUGUCAAAGAGAAGUAUAUCCAGAGGUUAGAGGCAGAGAAUAAAUGUGUGAAAGAACAAUUAAUACAAUCAAAACAGAAGCACAAAAAAAUUGUGAAGAAGCUGCAGAUUCAGCUCGCUCAAGUCAAGCAAGACGGUGCAAUCAGUGGGAUGGAAGCGAAGGAGAGAAUUCAAGCCUUGGAGAAGGAAAAUCGGUCUGUCAGGGAACAACAAUUCAACAAUAAGCAUUUGGAUGAAGGUGUUAGCAGUGAUGGCAUUGAGCAUCGUGAGCUCAGUUCUGGAGAUGAAAAUCGAGUGCGUCUUGUCCUUGAACUGUCAAGUCAAUUGUCACAACAGCAAGAAAAGAUACGCCUACUGGAAACAACUUUGAAAGAGAAAGAAGCACGGCUGAGUGGACUUGAAACACAACUGCUCACUCAAGCAACUGCUGGAGCAUCAGCAAAUGGCUUACUGCAAUUUAAUUUGCCAGCACCACAUGACAAUAAAACCUGUACAACAAAAGGUGAUCAAAGGUUAGGAGCACUGCUCUUUUCAGUGGAUACCUUGAUCUCAGAUAGGUCUAAUAAUGGCAAAAUUGACCAAGGCUAAUCCUAUCUUAAGAUUCAAAGAAGUUAAGGACACUAAUUCAAAAGCAUGUCCAGCAGUGCAUUUGAAGAUCAAUCGGGUAAUUGUGUCGCUUUCUCAUACUCACUGAGAGCAGGAUAUCCGGGACAACAGAUGAGACUAGGCCUCUGGAAAAUGUAAAUAAUAUGAACUAAAUUAAUGUUUCCUACAGUGACUCGGUUUCAUUGGCUAUAAUACAUUUUGGGACAUUCUGACGUAGGGGACAGUACUAGCUAAAUGCAAACCUUCCUUGCUUUUCCAAACAGAUUUCCAUCUCAAACUUAUGGAGGUAUCGGGCAUUAAUCAGGGACUUGUUUUCCUAUGAGCCUUUUAGGCAAUGACUGUGAUGUAAUUAAUUUUCACCACAAGAGUCAUGCACACUGCAUUUUAGAAUUACGACAGAGUGAAA